AUGCCCUCUCCUGUGAAACAGGCAGGGAAGAGAUGCCGUUGAGCCGUCAUCUUCUCAGAGGUGUGGAAACGGCUGCUGCCCCUCCAGUCCAGGGCCCCUUUUCCUUUGAGGAGGUGGCCGUGUAUUUCACCGUGGCAGAGUGGGCCCUGCUGGAUCCGGGACAAAGAGCUCUGUACAGGGAACAGAGGAUGAUCAGAGAAAUGAGGAGAGUGCGGAACAUCAUCAGCAAAGGCCACAUAGAGUUCAAAAUGAAGACUUGGAAGAAAACGUCAGGAAUCGUGGGACACCUAAGAGACAGAAAAAAGUACUUCAGAAAUAGAUCACAGCUCCUUAUGUACCGAAGAAUACAUAGAGGUGAGGAACCUUUUCAAUGCUCACUGUGUGGAAAGAGAUUCGGUGACAGUAGCACUCUUCAGAAGCAUCAGAGAACCCACACAGGGGAGAAACCAUUUGAAUGCUCACUGUGUGGAAAGAGAUUCAGUCACAGUAGCAGUUUUCAAUAUCAUCAAAGAACCCACACAGGGGAGAAACCUUUUGAAUGCUCAGAUUGUGGAAAAAGAUUCAGUCGGAGUGGCAGUCUUCAGCGGCAUCAAACAACCCACACAGGGGAGAAACCUUUUGAAUGUUCGGAUUGUGGAAAAAGAUUCAGUCGGAGCAGCAAUCUUCAGGAGCAUGAAAGAACUCACACAGGGGGAAAACCAUUUGAAUGCUCAGAGUGUGGAAAGAGAUUCAGUCACGGUAGAAGUCUUCAAUAUCAUCAAAGAACCCACACAGGGGAGAAACCUUUUGAAUGCUUAGAGUGUGGAAAGAGAUUCAGUCACAGUAGCAGUCUUCAAUAUCAUCAAAGAACCCACACAGGAGAGAAACCUUUUGAAUGCUCAUUGUGUGGAAAGAGAUUCAGUCACAGUGGCAGUCUUCAAUGUCAUCAAAGAAUCCACACAGGGGAGAAACCUUUUGAAUGCUCGAAGUGUGGAAAGAGAUUCAGUCACAGUAGUAGUCUUCAAUAUCAUCAAAGAACCCACAGAGGAGAGAAACCUUUUGAAUGCUCAGAGUGUGGAAAGACAUUCAUUCACAGUGGAAGACUUCAGUAUCAUCAAAGAACCCACACAGGGGAGAAGCCUUUUGAAUGCUCAGAGUGUGGAAAGACAUUCAGUCAGAGUAGCCAUCUUCAAAAGCAUCAGAGAAGCCACACAGGGGAGAAACCUUUUGAAUGCUUAGAGUGUGGAAAGAGUUUCAGUCGGAAAGCCCAUCUUCAACGGCAUCAGAGAAUCCACACAGGAGAGAAACCUUUUGAAUGCUCAGAGUGUGGGAAGAGAUUCAGUCAAAGUAACAGUCUUCAAUAUCAUCAGAGAACCCACACAGGGGAGAAACCUUUUGAAUGCUCAGAGUGUGGAAAGAGAUUCAGUGACAGUUGCAUUCUUCAGAAUCACCAAAGAACCCACACAGGGGAGAAACCUUUUGAAUGCUCAGAGUGUGGGAAGAGAUUCAGUGAGCGUGGUACUCUUCGGAAGCAUCGAAGAACCCACACAGGGGAGAAACCCUGUGAAUGCUCAGAGUGUGGAAAGACAUUCAGUCGGAGUGGCAGUCUUCAGAAGCACCAAAGAACCCACACAAGGGAGAAAACUUUUGAAUGCUCAGAGUGUGGAAAGAAAUUCAGUGUCCAGGGGAAACUUCAACGGCAUCAGAGAACCCACACAGGGGAGAAACCUUUUGAAUGCUCAGAGUGUGGAAAGAGAUUCAGUGACAGUUGCAUUCUUCAGAAACACCUAAGAACCCACACAGGGGAGAAACCUUUUGAAUGCUCAGAGUGUGGGAAGAGAUUCAGUGAGUGUGGUACUCUUCGGAAGCACCGCAGAACCCACACAGGGGAGAAACCUUUUGAAUGCUCAGAGUGUGGAAAGAGAUUCAGUGACAGUGGCAAUCUUCAGAAGCAUCUGAGAACCCACACAGGGGAGAAACCUUUUGAAUGCUCAGUGUGUGGAAAGAGAUUCAGUCAGAAUGGCAGUCUUCAAAAGCAUCUGAGAAUACACAGAGGGGAGAAAUCUUUUGAAUGUUCAGUUUGUGGAAAGAGAUUCAUUGACAGUUCUAGUCUUCAAAAGCAUCAGAGAACCCACACAGGGGAGAAACCUUUUGAAUGCUCAGUGUGUGGAAAGAGGUUCAGUCAGAAUGGCAAUCUUCAACAGCAUCAAAGAACCCACAGAAGGGAGAAACCUUUUGAAUGCUCAGAGUGUGGGAAGAGAUACAGUCACAGUGGCACUCUUCAGAAGCAUCUUAGAGUCCACACAGGAGAGAAACCAUAUGAAUGCUCAGAGUUUGGAAAGAGAUUCAUUGACAGUUCUACUCUUCAACAGCAUCAGAGAACCCACACAGGGGAGAAACUAUUUGAAUGCUCAGUGUGUGGAAAGAGAGUCAUUGACAGUUCUAGUCUUCAACAGCAUCAGAGAACCCACACAGGGGAGAAACCUUUUGAAUGCUCUGUAUCCAGGCCUGAUUCUGAUGAAGGAACCACCCCAUGAUAGGCUCCUAUGGCAUGGCAAUGCGACCCCAGCGAAUGAGGCCAACCCUGUCCCACAAAGCUCGCUGAUACGUCAUCAGCCCAUCCACCUCCCUUCCAGCAGCAGUAGCUGUCAUCCCAGAUGGCCAAAUGAGGGCAAGGGGAGCAGGCAAUGGUACAGGCCACGGAUGAGCUGAGGACAAACUUCAGUGGCAGCUGAGCUGAGAGGAAGCAGGGAGAGCAGCAGGAAGUGGCCAGAGCCCCAGGAGGCUGCGGAAAGCCUGGGUGGAGACAGAAUCCUGGGAGACGCCAGGCCCUGGUGGGAGGACACACCCCCUUGCCUCAGAGCAGUAUUCCCCAGGCUUCUCUCAGAGCGGUAUU